AUGGAAAGAAUCUAAAAGACAGUAAUUGUAGUAGGCUCAGGUAUUUCUGGUCUUAGUUGCGCUUAUGAACUUUUAAAAAAUGGAUUUACAGUUCAAAUUUUAGAAGCUCGUCAUAUUCAUGGAGGAAGAAUAUCGAAAAAUUCUACUUUUGCUGAUUUUCCAAUAGAGACUGGGGCUGAAGAAAUUCAUUUACCAACAAAGUAUUACAAGAUAGCAAAAGAAGUAGGAGCUAAAUGUGAAUCUGAUUCAGACUUUAAUUCUUACAUUGAAGAUCUUCCUAAAAAAGGAGAAGACUUAUCUAUGGGUAGUGGAAUUCUUAUUGAUGAAGAGGAUUUUUAUGAUAAAUAUAAGAUAGAAAAAUUUUAUAAAUCUAUAUUAAAAGAAGAAGAAAAGAAAUUUCUUAAAGAUGAUAUGUCUAUCUUAGAAUAUUUUAAGUUUAAGCAAAUUGAUGAUAGAUUGAUAUAAUUUUAUGAAACAGUACUCGCAAAUGAGUAUGGCUCAACUCUUCAAGAAAUGUCUAUAAAGGGUUAUGCAGAACAUGAAUUGAAUUGGGAAUAUGAAGAAAAAAGAUAUGUAAUAACUAAUAUGUCUCAUUUUGAUGUCGUCGAUCGUGCUUUCUCAACUGUUCUACCAUUUGUAAAAUACAACACUCCAAUCAAUUAUAUAGCAAUAUAAACUAAUUAGCUUCAAAAUCAAAGCAAUGGAGUUACUUUAGUUGAUGCGUAUGGAAAUGAAUACAAAGCUGAUCAUGUUGUUGUGACUGUUCCAGUUUCUCAGCUUAAAAAUGGAUCAAUAAACUUUGUUCCACCUUUGUCAUAGGAGAAGUAGAGAGCAAUUCAACUUUUGUAAAUGGGUAAAGGAGGAAAGUUGCAUAUGAAAUUUAAAGAAAAAUUUUGGCCUAGUGAUUACUAUGCAGUAGUUCUAAGAACAUAAAUAGGAUUAGUAUGGAACUGUUCUUACCAUCGUAGUAAAAAGAGUUUAGUAUUAUGUGCUUUGAUAUCUGGAUAGGCUUCAAUCGAUAUGAAUGAUCCUAACAAGCGCAAAUAAUUGAUGAGUGAAUUAUUUGUCAAACUUCAGUAAGUAUUCAAAUUAAAAAAGAAUGUCGAGGAGUUAUUGGAAGAUUAUAUUUGGACUGAUUUCAAUACAAUGAAAUAUAUUGAAGGAACCUAUACCUACCCAUCUCUUAAUUUAGGGUUAUUUAGAAAUAUUUUAGCUUAGCCCGUAAAUAAUUAGAUAUUUUUUGCAGGAGAAGCAACAGAGCCCUUGUAUUAUGCAACCAUAAAUGGUGCCUUAGACAGCGGUGUAAGAGAAGCCUAAAAAAUAAUUUCAUUAUAUAAAAAAUGA